AUGUCCGGCCACGCGAGCCGCGGCAUCGACUGGUCAAGCGCUGUCCUAUGCCAGCUCUCCGAUCUGUCCGACGGCCCCGAUGGCGAUACACUCUACAUCCAGUGCUGCACCCACGGGGCCCAGACGGUUAUCAAGACCAUCGUCACCACCAACGUUGGCGAAUGUAUGGAUGAGUGCAGCAGGACGGACCGGUGUAGCAGCGUCCAGUUUGUGGCGCAUGCUAAUCCGCUGGUUCCGGGGGAGGCGUACUACACUUGUAAGCUGAGCGAGGACGGUGGCUACUCGGCCGAGACAUGUGGCGCCGAGGACAUUCACAGCUACGCCUUCGUUGUCGACCCCCCGGCCAUUGACUCGUUGGACUCGGCGGGCGUCUUGUGCUCGACCGAGUGCCGGUUUACGCACGGCCAGCUGUAUGUCACGUCCGUGGGCGAGUCUUUCCACAUGGACUGCGGCCAGCGGCACGGCACGCAGGUCAUCUUCUGCGACAGGCAGCCGUCGCUCAAGACGUGCAUCGAGGCGUGCGGGCGGCUUCUGGCGUGCCAAAGCGUCGACUACGACGUCCAUCGGCAGAUUUGCUACUACGGAAAACACCAGGGCGAGCCUACCAUUGAGGCGCGCGAGUUUGCGAGUGCCCACUCAAUGGGCUGCGCCUGUGCGUGCUCCGCCUGCGGUGGCGGGGCGUUGUCCGACGCGCCACAGCGCGACGACCGCCCGUUCCCGCAAGACGGCGCCAUGUCCAACCCUGCACCGCCUCAUAAGCUCUGCUCGGGGUUCAACGGCCAGGUCAUAAAGGCUGGUGGUGCAUGCUACCGGAUGACGUGCAGGUCGGCGACGGGAUGCCCCCCCGAUGAUGGCGUUCGCUACUUUGGCUCCAGCGCCGACCAGCAGAGGACGUUCGACGAUUGUGCCAAGACCUGUGCAAAUACUUCGGAAUGCAACAGCUUCGACUUCCUUGAACACUGA